UAUUUACGCCCCCUAAAUGGAAAUGGGAAAAUUUCCAAUCAAAACAACAUACAUAGCUUGCGUUAGUGGUAACCGUAUCACGUAGCCUGUUAACGGAAGAAAUAAAUAUUUCAAGCACAAUUUCGGGGGCGGCAACGGCAUCCACUUAGCGUGACCCUCGUUCCUUAAUUUUUUUUUCUUAGUGGCUCAAGUAUAUAAGUUUGAGCGGAAAUCGAAGCUGGUUGAAAACACAACAUGGACUCCAGCUACUUUGCCGUUCAGAGAAGAGCUCUGGAAAUCGUCGGAUUUGAUCCCAGUUCGCCAAAUCUCAGACUGAAACAUCCCAUUUGGGCAGGGAUACUCGUCUUAUCCCUGGUUUCCCACAAUUGGCCCAUGGUGGUGUACGCGCUGCAGGAUCUAUCGGAUUUAACCCGCCUCACGGACAACUUUGCUGUGUUUAUGCAGGGAUCGCUGAGUACCUUCAAGUUCUUGGCCAUCGUGGCAAAACGAAGGCGCAUCGGCUCUUUAAUUCACCGAUUACACAGGCUAAAUCAACAGGCCACUGCCACUCCCAAUCAAAGGGAAAAGAUUGAGAGGGAAAACCAAUUGGAUAGGUAUGUCUCAAGAUCCUUUAGAAAUGCUGCCUACGGAGUGAUUUGGGCCUCAGCCAUAGCCCCCAUGUUGAUUGGACUUUUGGGAUAUAUAAGAACGGGAUUAUUCACACCGACAACACCCAUGGAAUUCAAUUUCUGGCUCGAUGAACGGAAACCCCAAUUUUAUUGGCCCAUCUACGUUUGGGGCGUUUUGGGCGUGGCAGCUGCCGCCUGGUUGGCCAUUGCCACGGACACUCUAUUCUCGUGGCUGAUUCACAACGUGGUGGUUCAGUUUCAGCUCCUCGAACUGCACCUUGAAAAGAGGGAUUAUAAGCAAGAUGACUUUCACCUUAGUGAAUGCAUCCAUCGCCAUCGUUUGGCUCUUGAACUAGGAGAGGAAUUAAGUUCGAUUUUUGCCGAGAUCGUUUUCGUGAAAUACAUGCUAAGUUACUUGCAACUCUGCAUGCUGGCCUUUCGUUUUAGCGAGAGUGGUUGGAGUGCCCAAGUGCCAUUUAGAGCCACCUUUCUAGUUGCUAUUAUCAUCCAACUCAGUUCGUACUGUUAUGGUGGCGAACAUCUCAAGCAGCAAAGUUUGGGUAUCGCCCAGGCGGUCUAUAGUAAUUGCAAUUGGCCAGAAAUGCCACCCAAAAAAAGAAGAUUGUGGCAGAUGAUGAUCAUGAGGGCUCAGCGACCAACCAAGAUUUUUGCAUACAUGUUUGAUGUGGAUCUACCACUGCUACUUUGGGUCACCAAAACGGCAGCAUCAUUUUUGGCAUUGCUCAGAACUUUUGAGCGUUAG